AUGUCGGAAUUGGGAGACCUUGUCGAGUACACGUCAAAUGUACCUUCUGGUUACAUCACAAAGGCAUUGGAUCUUACACGUACACUGGCAUUGACUACAACUGUCACACCACAGUUCACACUACCAUUGGCAACAAUUUCCUCCAUCAUCACUGUCGCCCAAAACAACCAAGAUUCGGCCUUCAGUGCACUCAAGACAAUCUCAAAUACAGCAAACGUAACGAGUCUAUUCAAUGCCGCAGUGAACGCACAGGCAACACUGAACUACUACUCCUUAUUACAGGAACAAGCAACGCAGACAUCACUUGCCACAGAGACGAGUUUCAUCUCCAAAGUGGCCCAGGCAUCCGCAGUAAUGAACAAGGUCGUUUAUGAAACACCCUUCUAUGGGGGGAACCCCCCAAACAUCAGUUCAAAUGGUGCCCUUGUGGCCAUUUUCCUGAUUUUCUGUAUUCUACACUUGAUUUUAGGAAUUUUCUAUCGUCAAACAUGGUUCUUGGUGUGCUGGGUAAUCGGACUGUUCUUGGAAGUCAUAGGCUACAUUGGAAGGGUGCUUUCCUCGAGGGACAUUAUGGGAUUGGGUCCUUACAUCAUGCAAUCCACUUGUAUCACCAUUGCUCCAACUUUAAUGAUGGCAGGGAUCUACUAUAUUGUUGGUCAAGUAACAGUGAUCUACGGACAACAGUACUCUUUGUUGAAGGCAACUAGAUAUUCUAAAAUCUUUAUUUUCUGUGACGUGGUUUCCUUCUUGACCCAAUCUGCCGGUGGUGGACUAGCUGCUACUGCGUCCAACGGUGAAAUGGGGAGACACUUGCUAUUGGCAGGGUUGGCGUUCCAAACUGUCAGCAUGGUAUUUUUCCAGUUCCUUUGGUUCUACUUGAUCAUCAACAUCGUCAAGGCAUGGCGUAGUGAUCGUGUGCCGCCGUUUAACCCAGAAUACUUGCAUAUCAGAGAGAGGGGCGUACUCCCCUAUUUCAUUGUUUCUGUUUCAAUUGCAGUCAUGUUGAUUUUCGUCAGAUCCAUUUAUAGACUUGCCGAAUUGGCAGAGGGCUGGGACUCGAAACUCACCAUAGACGAGAGGUACUUUAUGGUCUUGGAGGCGUUGAUGAUUGUGCUUGCUACUUUCUGUAUGACUGUCUUACAUCCAGGUCUUGCCUAUGGACGAAACGCCAAUCUUGUUGUUAAGAACCAAACAGCAACCAUCCAUGAGGAUGCUCCAUAUAUCUACCCAACAAACAAAGACUACGACUACUAUGGUAGAAAGUUCCUUUAG